AUGGAUUAUGUUGGGGAGGAGGUCACGGAUUUUACAAACUGGUUUGGAGAUUUAUUGACAAAAAACCAGAUAGAAGUGGUGGAAGAAGCAGCAAUGGUUGCUUGGCGUAUAUGGAUGGCCCGUAAUGAUAUCCUUUGGAAUAAUAAAAGUAUUAAAGCUUUUGAUGAUGUUAAAUUGGCUAGGACUAAUCUUGUUAGUUGGAGAAAUGCUCAGAAUCAAAGAUCAGAUCUAUUACUUAAUGUCAAUUAUAGUAAUGAUACAAAGCAUUGGAGAAAGCCAGUUGUUCAUAAAUACAAGAUCAAUGUUGAUGGCGGUAUUUUUGAAGCUGAAAAUCGUUUUGGUGUGGGAAUGGUCAUUCAGAAUCAGAAUGCUCAACUAGUUGAAGCUGUGUCAAUUAGUAAAGUUGGUGUGGUGACUCCAGAAAUUGCUGAAGUUAUUGGGGUUAAGGAGGCUCUAAGCUGGAUAAAAAAACAUAGCCUUUCUGAUGUUGAAAUCGAAACUGACUCCUUAGUAGUUGUUCAAGCUAUUAACGGGGAGAUUCAUAUGCCAUCUCAAUUUGGGCUGCUCAUUGUGUUGCGAGACAGUCUUGUUUAA